CCUGGAACAAUAAUACCCGCGCUACAAAAUGGCUGGCUCAGUGCUGGCACAGAGCAGGGAGGGGCUGGACAUGCCCUUUGUCUCAAGUUUAUGAAAUUUUUGACCUAACAUUUAGCCCGACCAUGUCCCACCAGGCCAUUAGGUCAAACUUACCACAGUUACGAAAGAGGAGAAUUGCAAAAAAGAAAUUGCUGAGGCGAGGAACCCCGCUGAAGGAAGGCAAUAAUGAGGAGAAGUGUGAGGUUCCCAUUAUGCAAAGUGCGGAAUUGGACAUGUUUGGAUUGGUGGGAGGUGCAGCAGAUGCCAGCAGUGCAGGCACCUCUGCCAUGCACCACCACCACCCUCCCUAUCACCUCCGUCGCAAGUCUCACAACUUUCUCCUCACCAACCUGAAGAUGGCAGUGGCGGCGGGAGCAGGUGCAUCGGCAGCCACGGUGACUGCAUCCCCCACCACCGCCUCCCCAGCCUGCAUCUCGGCAGCCACUGCCGGGCUGCCCUCUGCUGCCACCAGCUCCACACCAGUACUGUCUCCCACCGCUGCCAUCACUGCAGCCACCGCCUAUUGCCCCUCCAUGUUACCCACCCGCAAACGUCCUCGCAAAACUUAUUUUACUGGGGAUUCUUCCACAGGGUUGGGGUGUAGUCCUGCAGCACAUUACCUCUUGUAUGAACUUCCUGACGAGGUGCUACUCACCAUUUUUUCUUAUCUGUAUGAGAGAGACCUGUGUCACGUUGCACAAGUCUGUAAACGCUUCUACACAAUAGCCAAUGAUAAUGAAUUAUGGAAAAACCUCUACCAAGGUCUGUAUGAAUAUGACCUGCCACUUUUCAAUCCAUCACCGUGCAAGUUUGAUUUUGUCCAGCCAGAAGAAUGUGAUUAUGACAACCCGUGGAAGGAGAGUUUCAAGCAGCUAUACCAUGGCGUGCAUGUCAGAGAGAAUUACCACAAGCACGGUGGCAAGGAGACUGGCAGGUCGGUGGCAUACUUUGAGACCAUUCAGGCAGCCUUUGACUACUGUGACGACAUGGAGCGGCCUCUCGUGUUGAUUCACUCAGGGGUGUACCGGACUCGUCUCAUCAUAGAAACCAAUAUCUCUCUCAUUGGGGCAGCGCCAGGUAAUGUGGCAGAAAAUGUGAUCCUGGAGGAGGAAAGAGAGUCCACAGUGCUCUUCAAUGAGGGUGCCCAGCAGGCCUACCUUGGCUAUGUCACCAUCAAGUUUUCACCACACAGCUGCAACGACACUGUGCAGCACCACAAGCACUAUGCCCUUGAGAUCCAGGAGAACUGUGCUCCUACGAUAGAGCACUGCAUCAUUCGCAGCGUGUCGCACUUGGGGGCGGCUGUAAGUGUUAGUGGGCCGGGUGCUGAUCCUGGGAUACGCCACUGUGAAAUUAGUGACUGUGAGAACGUUGGCCUCAUCAUCACCGACCGGGCACAAGGCCACUACGAGGACAACGAGAUCAGCCGCAACGCACUGGCUGGAAUAUGGGUCAAGAACUAUGCCAACCCCAUCAUGCGACGCAACCACAUCCACCAUGGCAAAGAUGUCGGCAUAUUCUGUUUUGAUGGGGGACAGGGUUACUUUGAGGCCAAUGAUAUACACAACAACCGCAUAGCUGGCUUUGAAGUGAAGGCACAGGCCAACCCAACCGUAGUGCGCUGUGAGAUCCACAAUGGCCAGACGGGGGGCAUCUAUGUCCACGAGCACGGCAUGGGCCAAUUCAUCGAGAACAAGAUACACUCCAACAAGUAUGCCGGUGUGUGGAUCACCUCCAACAGCAAUCCCACCAUCAGAAGGAACGAGAUAUACAACGGCUUGCAGGGUGGCGUGUACAUCUUUGGUGACGGCCGUGGACUCAUUGAGCACAACAACAUCUAUGGUAACGCACUGGCAGGCAUCCAGAUACGUACCAAUAGCGAUCCCAUCGUGCGGCACAACAAGAUCCACGAUGGGCAGCAUGGGGGCAUUUAUGUUCAUGAGAAGGGACAGGGUCUCAUAGAGUGCAACGAGGUGUAUGCAAAUACACUGGCAGGUGUCUGGAUCACUACAGGGAGUACCCCAACACUGCGGAGGAAUCGCAUCCACUCGGGCAAGCAGGUUGGGGUGUACUUCUAUGAUAAUGGCCAUGGCCUGCUAGAGGACAAUGAUAUCUUCAAUCACUUAUACUCAGGAGUACAAAUCAGGACUGGAAGUAACCCCAUCAUCCGUCGGAACAAGAUAUGGGGAGGGCAGAACGGUGGUGUUUUGGUGUACAAUGGUGGUCUGGGACUACUGGAACAGAAUGAAAUUUUUGACAAUGCCAUGGCUGGUGUGUGGAUAAAGACGGACAGUAACCCCAUCUUGCGGCGGAACAAAAUAUACGAUGGAAGAGAGGCUGGCAUUUGUAUAUUUAAUGGGGGUAAAGGGUUGUUGGAGGAGAAUGAGAUUUUCCGAAAUGCGCAAGCAGGUGUUCUAAUAUCCACCCAGAGCCAUCCGACACAGAGCCAUCCUAGUUUAAGGCGGAACCAGAUAUAUGACGGGCUUGCGGCGGGCAUUGAAAUAACCAAUAAUGCAACGGCAACAUUAGAGCACAACCAAAUAUUCAAUAAUCGUUUUGGUGGCCUCUGCUUAGCAUCAGGAGUGAACCCAAUCCAGAGAGGCAAUAAGAUAUUCAGUAAUCAUGAUGCUGUGGAAAAGGCUGUAUCCAGUGGUCAGUGCCUCUAUAAGAUAUCUUCUUACACAAGCUUCCCAAUGCACGACUUUUUUCGGUGCCGCACAUGCAAUACAACUGAACGGAAUGCCAUAUGUGUGAACUGCAUCAAGACUUGUCACAAUGGACACGUGGUGGAGUUCAUACGCCAUGACAGGUUUUUCUGUGACUGUGGUGCUGGGACCCUCAACAACCAAUGCCAGCUGCAGGGGGAGCCCACGCAGGACACAGACACCCUCUAUGACUCUGCUGCGCCCAUCGAAUCACAGUCAUUGAUGGCAGAGGUCUAACUACCGGCUGGGAGCAUCACCGUAAUGUAAAGUUUGUAUUUAGACUCUGCCUCGGAUGCCCACCAGCCUUUUGGUUUAUGAUCAGUAUUUAGAAAAGCAGGAUUAGUGUCUUCAUGCACUUUACUUCUAACUAAACACAAAGUAUUGGAAAUUUUACAUAGACUAUAUUACCCACCUUUGUACUGUGAUUUGUCCACAUCACCCAUAGCCAUAUAGUGGAUUAUAUUUCUAUUGCUAUGAAUUAUCUGUGGACUUAAAAACGCUUAAUGUUAUGCAGUAUAUGAAAGCGUUCUGCACUCUGGAAACUCAGUGCCGUGGGGAAAAAAGAAAAGAGAAGAAAAAUCUCAAGGAAGUGAAUGUAGUCUGAUUUUAUCCUGCUUGACCUUCACAAAAGCCUUUCUUUUAAUAGAGUGAUGAUUGAUGUGUAUCACAUCAGAUUAUGACGUGAUGACGUCCGUUCGUUGUCAGAUAUUUCCUGCACAAGGUGGAAAUAUUUUGUAAGUAAGGACUAGGAACAAUUAUUUUGUGUGGAACCAUUAGAGAUAAAGCUUGUUUGCGCCAUCAUUGUGUACAAUGCAGUGGUGAUGGUGAUUGGCACAAAAACCAAUAUGGACUAAGCACAAGAGUGGUUCUCUACCUACAGGAUUUCUUUGCUUACAUGAGUACCAGUGAUGUAUAUAGCUGCUGUUUGGAUGUGUGAGGGUGUGUAUAUAUGUGUUGAGUACAGAAAAUACAACCUGUUCCUUGCCUCUAUCCAUAAGGCAGGGAUCAUUUUGCAAUGUUAUGAUUGAGUACAGUUCAUAAUUAGGUAAUAAGAUGUUAAGAUUUUUAUAUAAUAAUCUUUGAAAAAAAAUCAAUAUGCAGUAAUUGUAGUUGUUUCUCAUAAUUUCCCAUGUUUUUGUUUGGAAGAUCUGUUGUAUUAUUUUGCAUGUGGAGUUAAGUUGCAUUUUUAUAAUGUAUUUGUGAGCCUCUAAGGAUAUUUGUUGUAUCAAUUUUGUUAGAAAUUUUAUAUUGCAUUGGAACACUACAGAUAACUGUGAUUAAAACCAAAAUAAAAACUUAGUGUAACUGCACACCACCUGGGAGCAGCCAGGACAAUAGAGCAGUGGCUUUCUUCUCCCCAGACAGUAAAGUUUUAUGUCUCCCUGCUGGCGUAGGUAGGAUAUCUGUGCAGCUUUGUAUAAAAAACAAAAACAACAAAAAAACAUGGAUUUAGAUAGUGCCUUUAUUUUUUCAUUCAAGAGUUCGCAUGUCCAUCUAAAGGGUCUGAAUCCAUUGCUUUUCUGCAGUCCUCCCAGUGUCAUCUGGCUCACAGAAUGUUGCUCUACCCCAACCCAGCUCCUAACAGUUCCAUCCCCAGCACCUUCAUCACUGUCAUAACCCCAUUUGCUGCUGCCACUCAUUAUUCCUCAUUCUCACCUCUCAUUGCAUCAUCAUUCACUCACACUAGCAUAUACAGCAAACUCUCCUUUAUCUACGGAAAUUAACUUUUGAAAUGGGAAAAGUUAAUUUCCCCAGAGAAGAUACUUCUAGUGUGUCUAAGACAGGAAAGUUCCCUCCCUACUACUUCUCCCACCGCCUAAUGAUGCUACACCCUGCCUCACUCCUCCCUUCACCCAUGAGUGUGACGGCAUCCUAUGAUGUGAUGUCCAGAGCCAGUGUCAGCCACAGUAGGGUCACCUAUAGCCCAGUAAUACUAUCCACCCAACCUGAACACUUAGCUGUGGCAUGCCACUACUGUAAGCUCUCGGUUCAUAUUUGUGUCGUUCAGAUCACCCUGAACGCUAAGACUCAGACACUUGCCUUUCAAGUACAUCUGCAGACCAGAAAGCAUCCUGGGGAGUUUUCAGCUGCAGUUACCAGGAAUACCACACAAAUGAUCCCUAGACAAGACACUUGUUGAAAGCUGAGUGGCUGCCUGUGCAGGAGAGAAUACUGCACACCAGUGGUCUCGACUCAGUCCAGCAAACCUUGAGCUAUGUGUGAUACGAUUCCAGUUUUGCUACUUUAUUUGUUUUUGUUAAUCAUGAAUUGUCAUUAUCAUAAGCCAGCAUCUAUUAGGGUUCAUUAUCCCCAGGUGUACCUCAGUGUUUUCCCUUGUGUCCCUUUCUUGUGGUUCCUCUUACAUACCUCAGACUCCUCCCCUCAGCUGCCUGCAACUGUGUCCCUCCCUAUGUAAGGAAGAUUCCUUAGUAGUAGUAGUAAUGUUACUGUUGCUCAAUGUGCCAUAUAUGUGUUUUAGUUUUUUGUUUUUUCUGUCCCCAUAUUGAGUUCAAAAGAUGUAUGUCCACGCUUUUAAAGAAAUGCAAAUUAUAUUGCAAUUUAAAAAUUCUUGAAGCCCAGAGAAGAUACUCAGUUUUUUGUGUGUUUGGUUCAGUAUGCCCGAGUGUCAUUAGUGGAGGAAUGAAUCCAGCUUGUCCCUGUGAACCUGUCUCCCUAAGAAAUGAAGCACCACCUUUGAGAGGGAAGUGUCCUGUUUGGAGAUUUGGAAAAAAGGAAGUGUGUAGUGCACAACCAGAAUCUGUAAUACAUUCACGGUUGAAGUAUUACCUUUGUGUUCAAUUGUGCUUCCAUGAUUAAAGUGUAAUUGGGCUCCCACUUCCUUAAUCAUUGAGGAAAACAUCUGACCUCAUUUACAGGAGAUAAAAAAUUUGGCAAUUAAUAUUGUCAAGAGACUGAAGCAGCUUAUUUUCUCUCUUCACAUUACUAUCUCAGCAUCUUUUCUCACUUUUGUACACUUCAUACGCCAGUAUGUGUUUGCUUACAUGUUAGUUUUCUUCCCCAAGAAAUGAUAGGCAUUCGUUUUAGAAUGCACAUCUUAUUCAUGUGUACUUAGUGUGCAGUUGUAAGACUGAGCAAAUGACUGUGACAGUAAAGAUGCAAAAUUGAGUGCUUGCAUUUAUGUUUGUUGACAAAAUAUGUAUAGUAUUUACUUCUUUGAUUGUUAUUAUAAUGUGUUUGAAACAUUUAGCUGCUAUGCAUUUUUUAACACAAAAAUGUGUUUCUUUGAGAUUGUGUAUUGCAUUGUGUGCAACCCAAAAUCACUGUAUGUUAUAUAUUUAGGAGCAAGUUUCAAAUGAUUUUGUAUCUUUACCUGACACAGUUGAGUGUAUCCUAAGUCUGCCUGAGUGAGUCAUGCAUAAGACAUUGCCAGUGGUUAGGCUUAAAGGAACUGGUGUAGUGUCAUACUUCAUCCUGAAAAAACACACAAAUAAAUUUACUUAUAUUUUCCUGGGUAUGUACGUAGUUUGAGUUGGGAGAUGUGUGUUGCAUCUUGUACUCAGCUAAUGAUUGGUGAUCAAACUAGUGUUGAUAUGGUAGCUUUGUGUGGCGUCUGAGGUAAUACUAUGUAGUGUGUGCAAGUACUAAAUUUGGACUGCAGAUACUGGUCACUACAGAUGUUAGUUGAGUACAAAAUGGAGUUAUAAUGUACCCAGGUCCCUGUUGUACCUCAGGCUGGAGUUUUGUAAGACUUCUGAGUAAAAUAGUUCAUAGGUAAUUGGAAAAGCAUGUGUUUUUUACUCUUUGAUAGUGGUAAAGAGAAGUAUAUAUUAUAUACAAAAAAAGAGCUUGGCAAGACAUCAUCUAUGAAGUAGAGUGCAAGCCUAGCCCAAGCCUGCCUCCACCACAAGCCUCCGAGUGCGCUGGACACACCUGACGGAGGAAAGUGACGUCAGGGCUUUACCGAACAGUUUUAAAAGAAGGGCGAAUCCUUCAGUACACUGGAACUACUUACUGCUGUGAUCCUGUAUUGCCAACCUUGACGAAAGGAAAAAGAACACCGUUUUUAUUUUGUAGACGAGUGAACCAAGUGUACGUAGACAUGCUUUUAUUUUGUUUUAUUUCCUCGGCCAACGAUAGGUAACAGUUGAGUAUGUGAAAGAUAGGCCUCAUUCCACAUAUCGAUGUAGUCUAGGAGCUCACCACAGGAGGACAGUUAUUCAGGCCAAGUACCUCAUUUCCAGGACUAUCUGGAAGGCCUUUACAGCAGAACUAUUUCAGGGGUCCUUAGAUGGUACAGCAGCAGGGGACCGAGGGCGUCAUCAAAUGAUGUGCACUGUAUAAAGGGCCUAAACAUGUAUAUACAAAUAAAAACUCUGAAUCUAAA